UUUAUCUUCGGUACUCUAUUUUCGAAGAUAAACUAAACUGAUAGCGUGUGCAAACAGAAUCCACGCUACCUUGCAUAAUAUAACCACUCUUUCUUGCCGCGAAGGACGACGCCGGAGCCACCUCUACUGUCCCGGCGGCCGAUAUAUUCCUCAAAUGUACCUAAAAGGAGCAAGCUUUCUCUGAUUAAAGAGAGAAAGAGAUGGUGAAGUUUUCUGGGUAUUCUUUGAUUUCUUCGUUUACUCCUUUUCACUCUGUUAUUCUCAAAAAACAGCGCAGAUUUUCAGCAUUAGAUUUAUAUAUCAACAAUUCAACCAAGUCAAGAAGAACGCUUUCUGUUUUUGCUAAUAAACAUCAAUUACGUAAUAUAAAAACUCACACCGAGAUGGGUGUCGAACAAUAUCAUCCUCCUCUAUUUAGUGUUGCUCCAAUGAUGGACUGGACCGAUAAUCAUUAUAGGACUGUUGCACGGAUAAUAUCAAAACAUGCAUGGCUUUAUACGGAGAUGCUUGCUGCUGAAACAAUUGUCCAUCAACAAGGAGAUUUGGUAUGACAGAUUUUUGGCAUUUUCUCCGGAACAGCAUCCAAUUGUGUUGCAAAUUGGUGGGAAUAAUUUGGACAACAUCGCAAAAGCAACUCGACUUGCCAAUUCUUAUGGAUAUGAUGAAAUUAACUUGAAUUGUGGUUGUCCUAGUCCCAAGGUAGCUGGACAUGGGUGCUUUGGCGUCCGUCUUAUGCUUGAUCCAAAGUUUGUCGGUGAAGCUAUGUCAGUUAUUGCUGCCAACACAGAUGUCCCUGUUAGUGUUAAGUGCCGAAUUGGUUUAGACGAUCAUGAUUCUUAUAAUGAGCUCUGUGAUUUUAUCUAUAAGGUUUCGUCUCUAUCUCCGACUAAGCAUUUUAUUAUACAUUCACGGAAGGCUUUGCUCAAUGGCAUUAGCCCAGCUGACAAUCGAAGGAUUCCUCCCCUCAAAUAUGAGUACUAUUACGCCCUCUUACGGGAUUUUCCUGACUUAAGAUUUACAAUAAAUGGAGGCAUAAAUUGUGUUGAUGAGGUAAAUGCAGCAUUAAGGGAAGGUGCACAUGGUGUAAUGGUUGGGCGUGCUGCCUACAAUAACCUCUGGAAUACUCUGGCACAUGUUGAUACUGCAAUUUAUGGUGCACCAAGCAGUGGUCUUACACGUCGUCAGGUCCUUGAACAAUAUCAAGUAUACGGGGAUGCUGUUCUGGGAACAUAUGGGAAUAGUAGACCUAAUAUACGGGAUCUGAUAAAGCCUUUAUUUGGUUUUUUCUAUUCCGAGCCUGGAAACAAUUUGUGGAAGCGGAAAGCUGAUGCUGCUUUCCAGAUGAAGAAUAUCACGACAGUGAAAUCCUUUUUCGAGGAAACCCUAGUAGCGAUUCCUGAUGCUGUCUUGGAUUCACAUGCUGCGGAGCUACCAUCUGGUCGUAAAGAUCUUUUUGCUAAUGUACGGGGAUUGCUUCCACCACCGUAUGAAACCAGAGAAGAGGAGGUAGUAGUAUAUGCUUAGUCCUAACACAUAGGCGUCAUUUAUACCUCGUUAGAUCCCAUAUUAAGCUUACACAACUAUGCAUUUUUUUGGAUGACCUGGUUGAUCGGUCAGUGUGACAUUAUCUAUAUAUUCGGUGUGGGACGGUCGAAGCUUUAUGAUUGUCCCUCAACACUGAGAUACAAACACUUUGGAUGUAUGUGCUAAAUUGCUAAUGUAUGACAAUGAAUCUGAUCUUUGAUUCUGGCAAA